AUGAGUUUGCUGGGUGGCAAUUCCGUAUCUAGCUGGGCCGGGGAUGAGACUCAUGGAGGUGGUCCGCGAUACGGUGAGACGGCUCGGCCAGGGAAUGUCAGUGCAGCCUUCAACGCUGGCCAAGCGACAUCCGCUGCCAAUAGGGAGGGUAACAGCGAUAUUGUGGCGGCCCGGCCUCAGCGGAAGCCGUUGUUGGUCGGGUCAAACGAGCAGUGUCAGUUGGAGUGCUUGGCAUCUAUCGCGUAUUUGGUGGGCUCACCGCUACAGCGAAACCAGCCCACCGUAAUGGAGCCUGUCCAACGGUCCAUGAAGUUAGUGCGAGAGCUGCUGCGUCGUGGUGUUGAUCCAGAGAAAGUUAUUCGUGUCAUUGAGUCGAGGGAAGGUGUAAGCGGCGCCGGCGAGAGGGGUUGCUGA